UGCCGGCUGGGUCCGCAGCGUGCUCUGCAUCCCAUGGAUAUAGCAACAGGUCCCGAGUCGCUGGAGAGGUGCUUCCCCCGCGGGCAGACGGACUGCGCCAAGAUGCUGGAUGGCAUCAAGAUGGAGGAGCACGCCCUGCGCCCCGGGCCCGCCACUCUGGGGGUACUGUUGGGCUCUGACUGUCCGCAUCCCGCCGUCUGCGAGGGCUGCCAGCGGCCCAUCUCCGACCGCUUCCUGAUGCGAGUCAACGAGUCGUCCUGGCACGAGGAGUGUUUGCAGUGCGCGGCGUGUCAGCAAGCCCUCACCACCAGCUGCUACUUCCGGGAUCGGAAACUGUACUGCAAACAAGACUACCAACAGCUCUUCGCGGCCAAGUGCAGCGGCUGCAUGGAGAAGAUCGCGCCCACGGAGUUCGUGAUGCGGGCACUGGAGUGUGUGUACCACCUGGGCUGCUUCUGCUGCUGCGUGUGCGAACGGCAGCUGCGCAAGGGUGACGAGUUUGUGCUCAAGGAGGGCCAGCUGCUGUGCAAGGGCGACUACGAGAAGGAGAAGGACUUGCUCAGCUCCGUGAGCCCCGAUGAAUCCGACUCCGUGAAGAGUGAGGACGAGGAUGGAGACAUGAAGCCGACUAAGGGGCAGGGCAACCAGAGCAAGGGCAGCGGGGACGACGGGAAGGACCCGAGGCGGCCCAAGCGGCCCCGGACCAUCCUCACCACGCAGCAGAGAAGAGCCUUCAAGGCCUCCUUCGAGGUCUCCUCCAAGCCCUGCCGGAAGGUCCGAGAGACGCUGGCAGCUGAGACCGGCCUCAGCGUGCGUGUGGUCCAGGUCUGGUUUCAGAACCAAAGAGCAAAGAUGAAGAAGCUGGCAAGGCGGCACCAGCAGCAGCAAGAGCAGCAGAACUCCCAGCGGCUGGGCCAAGAGGUUCUGUCCAGCCGGAUGGAGGGCAUGAUGGCCUCGUACACGCCGCUGGCCCCGCCGCAGCAGCAGAUCGUAGCCAUGGAGCAGAGUCCUUACGGCAGCAGCGACCCCUUCCAGCAGGGCCUCACGCCGCCCCAAAUGCCAGGUGACCACAUGAACCCCUAUGGGAACGACUCCAUCUUCCACGACAUCGACAGCGAUACCUCCCUCACCAGCCUCAGCGACUGCUUCCUCGGCUCCUCAGAUGUGGGCUCCCUGCAGGCCCGCGUGGGGAACCCCAUCGACCGGCUCUACUCCAUGCAGAGUUCCUACUUCGCCUCCUGAGAGCAGCCGGGCUGCACGGACGCUGGGGCACGGCCUGGGCUGGGACUUGGGGCUCCGCAGCCUCCUCGCCCCUCUGGCCCGCCGCCCACACAGACUCUGCAGACAGCCAUAUGGUGCCCUCCCCUCGGCCGGCCGGGCCUGCUUGUGUGCCUGGCCGGCCUAGCCAGAAAGGCAGAUGGGCGCAGCCUGGGCAGGGGCUGUGUCCUGCCCACAGAGACCUUGUCUCCCUGGGACCCAGAGCUCUCGGACAGCCACCCGGCCCCCACCCCCACCUCGAUGCCGUUGCCUCCUUCUCCCUCCCCAUCUCUUUUUUGGGAAGCUUAAAUUCUCUCUAUUUUUUUAAAUGUCCUCUCUGUGUCCAGCCAACCUCCAUGGUCCCUGGUGCCAGCCCACGACAGUGACCGGGCUCGGUGCCUCGGAUGCGAGGAGCAUGCGUCCCGGUGCCCUGUGCCGGUGCCCACGUCCCGCUCUGGGGAGCCCGGGGUCGCCUGCCCUCCCAGCCCGAGCGCGGAGCAGAGGUGGGGAGGAGCCGGGCAGAAGGGCCAGGCCACCAGGGCUCUGCCCGAAGUGGAGGGGAGUGAACAGAUCCCAGACAGGCCCACGGGGACAGACGCACACACGCACGCACGCCUGCAGCCCCCCACGCAGACGCGUGCAACACGUGCACGCACACACACACCACGCGCGCGCACACGUAUGUCCAGAGCUGAGGGAGGCAGAGGGUGCCGUGACCACCCGACCAUGUCAGGAAGGCGAGCAGAGGCUGGAGGGCAGCUGGAGCGGGAAGACGGGGACAGCAGGGUACGUGGGAAGCACAUGGACGCAGGUGGGUCCUGGCCACGGCCCAGCUGGAGCCGCCUGGACGGCAGGGCAGCCCCAGACCUCCGGCUUCCAGGACAGAGGUGGAGCCCCGGAAAUAGCAGAAUCAGGAAGACAGCAGAACCUCCAGGUAGGAAAGGACUUCGAGAGUCAGCCCCUGGGCGCCCUCAGAGCCGCCCCUGUUUCUCCUCACGGCCUCCGCUGACAGGGCACUCACUGCCUGAGCGCGCCCCGGGUCAGCGGCGCCCUCGGCCCUCGCUUCUCAAAGCCAGGCUUCCCCAGCUCUCCAGCUCUUCUUCCAGAAAUCGUAUCCCUGGCUGGGUUCCAGCUUCCUCUCUAAAGACAUGUGGCAGCUAUAACCUGAUUUUCCCACUGACGUAGCCAGCCCACAAAGAGCAGGCCAGUCACCUCUGCUUUAGGCACCCUGCCUCUGUUAAUGUGGCCGGAGAUCCACUAAGUGGUUUGGGCCACGCGACCUUGGAAAUUUACUCUGCCCUUCUGUGACGAGCUCCCUAGGACUAGGAACCAAAUGACAGCUGUGCUACAACUCCUUUUUGUGUGUAGGUAAGGGGGGAGGGAAGGACAGUGGCUUGUUUCUCGUUGGAUUUCCUUACUUGAUUCCAUCAGCCUGUGGCCCCAGCUCUGUGACCACUGGUCCUCCCUCCCAAGCGCUUCAGGUGAGGAGCCGGGGCUUGUCUGUCCUGAGGCGUGGGGCUGUGGGAGCCUCUCACUGCCUGGCGUUGGCCUUGGCCUGUGGACUCCCAGGCAUCUCUGCCUCCCCGGCCCACAAGGGCUGCGGGCGCUGUCCAUCCCAGCUUGGCUCCUCCAUUCUCCCCCCCACCAAGAGAGGAAGCGAGCACAGCUGGCAGCCUGUCCCAGCUCCCCCACACCGCUCCCGCUAAUCGCUGUGCCCUGUCUGGGUGCUUGUGACCCUGCCUUUGACUUCCACAGCCUUGAGUCUGCUGGGCCCGGCCUUUGAGCACUUGCAGGUGAUGAAUAUCUGCCCACGUGGGAGCCUCGCUUGUGGCUAGGCUUGGCUCCUCCCCCAGGGCAGCCUGUGCCACCUACACUGGUCCCGGUCCCAUGCUCACACCCCACCCUGCUCGCCACCAGAGUCAUCAGAGAGGAGGAUAUGGCCCCAGCAGCCAGCCAGGCCCUCCUGGGCUCCUCUUUUCACACAGAGAAUGUGGCCAAGGGCUUCAGCUGGUGUCCGCUGUCCUCUGGGCCAGACCUGGGCCUCAGGCGGCCACACCCGUGUCUUGAGAGCCUCCCCUUUCUCCUUUAGCACAGGCUCACGCUGACUUGUGCUGGGGACGUGGGACAGACCCAAGGGCAGACACCCCAGCCCCCAGGAGGCCUGGCCCUGCAGGUCCCACAGCUGGGAGACCCAAGCUGGGAGAUGGCAGGUUAGGGGCGGGGCUGGUGUGAGACCAGGGUGCCACCCCAGCCCCUCCUCCUCCCUUUUAGGUCCUAACAAAACCCAAGCGCAGCCCUGGCCUCUCCUGCCUCCAUGCAGGGGCACCAGCCAGGAGCUGGUAUUGGGACACCCUGGCUGUGACCUUCGGGUUGUUAGAGCCACGGGGACCUCAGAGAGCCCCCAUUCCAGAGGCGCCCAUUAGCCAUGUUCCUAGGCCCGGCAGGGAGUGGGGACACAGCCCAGCAAGACAACGCUGCUCUCCUAGGAGAGGCCAAAGCUCUGUCCCAGUCCUGGCCAGAUGUUGUUAGAGACCCAUUUCUCAGGUAUGGAGCCUGAGGCUCAGGGAAGGGAGGCUAUGUGGGGCUGGGGGUGAGCACAGGUUCCCCACUUCCUGGAGGAAGUGCGGGAGGUGCCAGGAUCACCCCAUGACUGCCCUGAUGAGGGCCGCCCAGCUACUGUGGGGCUGGGGCGGAGCCCGGGGGAAGAAGGUGAAGGAGAGAGAUGGGUUGGGGAGUUGUGCAGAAAAGCCAGCUCCAUCUCCCUGCUGGGGCCGUUGAGGAGAGACAGAGGAAGGGCAGAGGAAGGACAGGAAGCCAGGCUUGGCCUGCCAGGGGCUCUGCAGUCCCAGGACCUCACUGCGGCCGCAGGGACAGGGACCGUGUGGUCCUGAGGGUCAGAUCAAGGGGCCGGCGGAGCCUUAGGAGGAGGGGACCACACCUGACUGCCUAGCAUGGAAGGAGCUUCCCGUGCACACACACGCACGCACACACACACUCACACCCGCCGCACCUGGAGGCUCCCGGACCCACACUCACAGGCACUUGGGGCCGGGGGAGCAGAAAGGACCCGCCAACGUGCUGACCCGGGGAAGGUGACAUCACCAAACAGCGCAGCGCGGUGGGCGGGGGACCCGGCCCCGACCCUCCUCCGCUUCCCUUGUACAGACUCGCACUGCCGCCCGCCAUCCCCACACACAUUUUAUUUAAUAACUUGUCAUUGUUAAAUUAUUUAUUAGCGUUUACCACUCUCACCCUGCCUUCCGCUCUCACCUCCGCCUCUUCCCACAAGAGCAGAAAACGGAAGCAGCAACAAGCAAAGACGAGACGUCGGUAUAUUUGUAAAUAAACCAACCU